UUUCUCUACACUUUCAAAAACCAGACACAAAUGGGUGAGAAAACACUAGAGAUUGACACAACUUUUCCCAAGAAUCCUUCAAGUCAAAAUUGAGUUUUGGUUUCCCAUAGUGAGUGCUUCGCUUCCAGUUCCUCCACUUAAAUUUUUUUUCCUAUUUUCUUGUUUGGCAAGAUAGAAAACACAAAGAGAAAAAGAAAAAAAAUUAUGGACGAUUUUGAAAGAGGUCGAAUUCCCAGCAAAAGAACGGAGCAUAGUAGCAUAGUAAGGAGUCUAAGCAGAAGUAGCUGGAUAAUGGAAGAUGUAUUUUCAGGUUCCAUGCAAUCCAGACGAAGUGGUGCAGGCGAUGAAGAUGAAGAAGCUCUAACAUGGGCAGCCAUCCAGAGGUUACCAACGUAUGAUCGGCUAAGAACCAGCAUCAUGCAAUCGUUCAUGGAUCAUGAAAUUAUCGGAAACAAGGUGGAACAUCGACAAGUAGAUGUUACAAAGCUUGACAUGAAUGAAAGACAAAAAUUCAUCGACAUGCUCUUUAAGGUUGCUGAGGAAGAUAAUGAAAAGUUCUUGAAGAAGUUGAGAAACAGGAUUGAUAAGGUUGGUAUUACACUACCAACAGUAGAAGUGAGGUAUCAGCAGUUGACGAUUGAAGCCAAUUGCUACACUGGCAGCCGAGCUCUUCCUUCUCUUCCAAACGUUGCUAGAAACAUUGCUGAAUCGGCUCUUGGCAUGCUUGGAAUCAAACUUGCGAAAACAACAAAUCUCACCAUUCUUAAUGAAGUCUCGGGGAUCAUUAAACCAUCCAGGAUGACACUCCUACUGGGGCCACCUUCUUCAGGGAAAACCACCCUUUUGCUGGCAUUGGCUGGCAAGUUGGAUCAAAGCUUAAGGGUUAAAGGAGAAGUAACAUACAAUGGAUAUAGACUAAAUGAAUUUGUUCCUAAAAAGACAUCUGCAUAUAUCAGCCAAAAUGAUGUUCAUGUUGGAGAAAUGACGGUGAAAGAAACCUUUGAUUUCUCAGCAAGAUGUCAGGGUGUUGGGACUCGAUAUGAUCUUUUAAGUGAGCUUGCUAGAAGAGAAAAAGAUGCAGGAAUUUUUCCGGAAGCUGAUGUUGAUCUUUUCAUGAAGGCAACUGCCAUGGAAGGAGUUGAAAGUAGCCUUAUCACUGAUUACACUCUCAAACUUCUGGGGCUCGACAUAUGCAAGGAUAUUAUUGUCGGGGAUGAAAUGCAGCGGGGAAUUUCUGGUGGGCAAAAGAAAAGAGUAACAACAGGGGAAAUGAUUGUUGGUCCAACCAAGACGCUAUUCAUGGAUGAAAUAUCAACGGGUCUUGAUAGUUCCACAACAUACCAGAUAGUGAAGUGUUUGCAGCAGGUUGUGCACUUAACUGAGGCCACAAUCUUGAUGUCCCUUCUCCAACCAGCUCCCGAGACUUUCGAUUUGUUCGACGAUAUCAUCCUCUUGUCCCAAGGCCAAAUUGUUUAUCAGGGUCCACGUGAGCAUAUUCUCGACUUCUUCGAGGCUUGUGGGUUCAAAUGUCCUGAAAGAAAAGACACUGCUGACUUCUUACAAGAGGUUACUUCAAAGAAGGAUCAAGAACAAUACUGGGCAGAUAGAAGCAAGCCAUACAGAUACAUUACAGUGAGUGAGUUUGCAAACAGGUUCAAGCGCUUCCAUGUUGGAAUGCGGCUCGAUAACGAGCUCUCCAUUCCUUUUGACAAGUCGAAGGGACACAUAGCAGCAUUGGCUUUCCAAAAGUACUCGGUCCCCAAAAUGGAACUUCUUAAGGCUUGUUGGGACAAAGAAUGGCUAUUGAUCAAGAGGAAUUCAUUCAUUUACGUGUUCAAGACGGUCCAAAUUAUCAUCAUGGCAGUUGUUGCGUCCACGGUGUUUCUGCAGACUGAAUUGAACACUAGAAGCGAGCAAGAUGGUGCAAUCUAUGUAGGUGCACUUCUAUUUGCAAUGAUCAUUAACAUGUUUAAUGGUUUCUCCGAACUCUCCGUGAUGAUCACUAGGCUUCCAGUGUUUUACAAGCAAAGGGACCUUUUAUUCCAUCCUGCUUGGACUUUCACUCUGCCAAGUUUCUUGCUCAAGGUCCCUAUAUCGGCUCUCGAAUCUGUUGUUUGGAUGGCUGUAACAUAUUACACCAUGGGAUUUGCACCAGAGGCCAGCAGAUUUUUCAAGCACUUUCUGUUGGUGUUUUUGAUACAACAAAUGGCAUCUGGGCUCUUUAGGCUCAUCGCCGGAUUAUGCAGAACAAUGAUCAUAGCUAACACUGGCGGGGCACUCACGCUUCUCCUUGUGUUCUUGUUGGGGGGCUUCAUGAUUCCAAAACGUGAAAUUCCAAAUUGGUGGGAAUGGGCUUACUGGAUUUCACCAUUGACUUAUAGUUUCAAUGCCAUUACUGUGAAUGAAAUGUUUGCGCCGAGGUGGAUGAACAAACGGGCUUCUGACAAUGUCACACAGUUGGGGGUACAAAUUCUUAGGAACUUUGAUGUCCCAAAUGAUGAAAACUGGUACUGGAUUGGUGCGACUGCUCUUUUCGGGUUCGCAGUGCUCUUUAACGUACUCUUCACCUUUGCCCUCAUGUACCUAAACCCCCUUGGAAAGCCGCAAGCCGUAAUUUCGGAGGAAACAGCAGAAGAACAGGAGGGAAUUGAAGGUACUAAGGCAGAACCAAGGUUAAGGAGACCAAAAUCGAGCAAAGACUCUUCCCCUCAGUCAAUCUCUUCUGCAGAAGCACUUGAAAAAGAAAUAGCAAUGCAAAGAAUGAGCAGUGGGACCAAUCCCAACGGAAUGAGCCGGAAUGAGUCUUCACUUGAUGCAGCCAUCAGAGUUGCUCCCAAGAGAGGAAUGGUUCUUCCUUUCACUCCUCUUGCAAUGUCCUUCGACACCGUCAAUUACUAUGUCGAUAUGCCACUGGAAAUGAAGGCACAAGGAAUUGCCGAAGGCAGAUUACAACUACUUCGAGGGGUAACUAGUGUGUUUAGGCCCGGAGUGUUGACUGCAUUGAUGGGAGUCAGUGGAGCCGGAAAGACAACAUUGAUGGAUGUUUUAGCAGGAAGAAAAACCGGUGGAUACAUUGAGGGUGAUAUCAGAAUAUCCGGUUUCCCUAAGGUACAAGAGACCUUUGCCAGAAUUUCUGGAUACUGCGAACAAAAUGAUAUUCACUCACCUCAAGUUACUGUCAAAGAAUCUUUAAUUUACUCGGCUUUCCUACGGCUACCGAAAGAAAUCAGCAAUGAGGAAAAGAUGAUAUUUGUGGAUGAAGUUAUCGAACUGGUCGAACUUGACAACCUUAAAGAUGCUAUAGUAGGGCUGCCAGGGGUCACCGGGUUGUCGACCGAACAAAGAAAGAGGUUGACAAUUGCAGUAGAGCUUGUUGCUAAUCCGUCAAUCAUUUUCAUGGAUGAACCAACAUCCGGCCUAGAUGCAAGGGCAGCAGCCAUUGUCAUGAGGACUGUCCGGAACACGGUGGAUACCGGACGAACAGUUGUGUGCACUAUUCAUCAGCCUAGUAUCGAUAUCUUCGAAGCCUUUGAUGAAUUACUACUAUUGAAAAUAGGAGGUCAGGUGAUUUACUCCGGACCAUUGGGCAAAAAUUCUAGCAAGAUCAUUGAAUAUUUUGAGUCCAUUCCUGGAAUCCCCAGAAUUAAAGACAAGUACAAUCCAGCUACUUGGAUGCUAGAAGUGAGCUCCCUAGCUGCUGAAGCUCGACUCGGAAUCGACUUUGCCAAACACUAUAAAUCAUCAUCUUUAUAUCAGAGAAAGAAGGCCUUAGUAAUGGAGUUAAAAACACCGCCCCCAGGAGCUAAAGAACUUUAUUUCGCCUCUCAGUACUCACAACCCACAUGGGGUCAAUUCAGAUCAUGCUUUUGGAAACAAUGGUGGACUUAUUGGAGAAGUCCAGAUUAUAACCUUGUUAGAUACUUCUUCACUUUAGUUGCGGCCCUCAUGGUUGGCACUAUAUUCUGGCAGGUCGGCACUAAAAGGGAUACGUCAAGUGAUCUUACAAUGAUAAUUGGGGCAAUGUAUGCCGCAGUCUUUUUUGUCGGCAUUAACAACUGCUCAACGGUACAACCGAUUGUAGCCACUGAAAGAACGGUGUUCUAUCGUGAACGAGCAGCCGGGAUGUACUCUGCAUUACCAUACGCCCUGGCACAGGUAUUAUGUGAAGUACCCUACAUAUUAUUCCAAACAACAUAUUAUACACUUAUAGUGUAUGCUAUGGUGGGAUUUCAAUGGACAGCAGCAAAGUUCUUCGGGUUUUAUUUCAUCAGCUUCUUCUCCUUCCUUUACUUCACUUACUAUGGAAUGAUGACCGUUUCGAUCACACCCAACCAUCAAAUAGCAGCCAUAUUGGCUGCUGCGUUCUAUGCAGUCUUUAAUCUUUUCUCUGGCUUCUAUAUUCCAAGACCGAGAAUCCCCAAGUGGUGGAUCUGGUAUUACUGGAUUUGCCCUAUGGCAUGGACCGUUUAUGGACUCAUAGUGUCUCAAUAUGGAGAUAUUGAAGCCACCAUUAAAGCACCUGGCUUCGAUCCAGACCCUUCUGUUAAAUCAUAUAUUAAAGAUCAGUACGGCUAUGAUUCAGACUUCAUAGGACCCGUUGCCGGAGUUUUGGUGGGGUUUGUAGUGUUCUUUGCCUUCAUGUUUGCCUGCUGCAUUAAGAAACUCAACUUCCAGACCAGAUAAAUAUGGGAUUCAUUCAAUAGAAAAUUUUCAUCUUCUUCAAGCUAGCAUUAUAUUGUACUUCCAUCCAAAAUUCAAAUAUGGUGUCGAUUUUAUCAAGCUGGUGGUGUUGAUCUUUUUCAUAUAUUGAGUACUGUUUCAAGAGCUGGAAAUUAAUGUAAAGUUUUUGUUUUGUAGGUUUUUAAAAGGAAGAAACUAUUUUCUGUCUUGGCAUUGUUCAACUUCUUCCAUGCAUUGUACUCGAUUAGUUUCCUUUAAGGAACAAAUUUACGUAAUACAAAAUAUAUUUAACAUAUAAUAAAAUUUAU